AUGGACAUGGAUCAUCAUCAGAACCACGGGGACGCCAUGUACUACUACGCCGGCGACUACACGAGCGCCGCUGCUAAUCCCUCCUGCUCCUACUUCUCGACUGACUCAUUUCCAUUCGACUUGAGCAACGGAGAGAUGAUCGACGCGGCUGAGGUGGAGCAGGUGGAGCCUGCAAGGAGACGGCGGGCGGCGUCGUACAUCGGCGUGCGCGCGCGGCCGUGGGGCAGGUUCGCGGCGGAGAUCCGGGACUCUACGCGGGGCGGCGCGCGCGUGUGGCUGGGAACCUUCGGCACCGCCGAGGCCGCCGCGAUGGCGUACGACCAGGCCGCGCUGUCCUCGCGCGGCGCGGCAACGCCGCUCAACUUCCCCGUGGACCGCGUCGAGGAGUCGCUCCACGCACUCGCGCUCGGCGCCACCGCCGGCUCCACGACGCCCACGGGCACCGGCGGCUCGCCCGUCCUGGCGCUCAAGCGGCGGCACUGCAAGAGGAAGAGGCGCAACAAGGCCGAGCUAGAGGCGGCGCGCAGGAAGAACAAGAGCGGUAGUGAAAUGGCCGAUGAGAAGCGGUUCAUUGUGGAGCUGGAGGACCUGGGCGCCGACUACCUGGAGGAGCUCCUCAUGAUCACCGACGACACGCUUCAGCUUCAACUGUCUUCAUCCUCCUCCUCCUCUUCCUCCUCCUUCACC